AUGGCCGUCGACAUUGGGAAAGAGAAUGUUGCACCCGCGUCGACAUCGAAGCCUCGCGGACGACUAUAUGGCGGUACGCCACAGUCCACAGAUUGCCUCAUCAAACCAUUCAAAUGUCCUGGCUCAAGUGCUCCGACUCGAGUCUCAGAUAAACCCGCACGCAAAAGGAGAAAGGUCGACUAUACUGGUGGCGACAACAGUUUCGAAGAGGGCGACAAGCCGUACAGCAAUGACGACCGCUUAGCACUUGCGACAAGAGACAUCAAUCGAUUUCCGGUAUUCAAACCUCGAGACAAGGGCACGGCUUUCCGAACACGAUUUGCUGUGCCGUUGAAGAACAAAGAUGUCACGUCGUACAACUCUGUCAGACCUCCACCAUUGCUCGGACUGCGAACAGGAGCUGUCUUCAUUGCGAAAGCGUUGCACGACCCAGCUGGCGAGUUUGCUAUAGUCUUGUUCGAUCCGACGAUAGACGGCAAGCCCGAGCCAAAAGUGAUCGAGGAUGGCACCAAGCCAGCUUCGCAGCCCGAGAAGCUGGAUGAGCCACUUAUGCACAAGAGCUUGGCAGACUUACUAGGCAUAAAGAAGAAAGUGGAUGGUGAGCGGCCAAAGGUACCUGUGGUGAUCGAUCCGAGACUGGCGAAAGUCCUACGUCCACAUCAGGUUGAGGGCGUGAAGUUCAUGUACCGAUGCGCCACUGGCUUGAUCGACGAGACAGCAGAAGGGUGCAUCAUGGCAGAUGAGAUGGGAUUGGGCAAGACCCUACAAUGCAUUACACUGAUGUGGACACUUUUGAAGCAGUCGCCUGAUGCUGGAAAGAGCACCAUUCAGAAAUGUGUUAUCGCUUGUCCUUCGAGUCUGGUACGCAAUUGGGCCAAUGAGCUUGUGAAGUGGCUGGGUCCAGAUGCUAUAAACCCUUUUGCUGUCGACGGCAAGGCCACGAAGGAGGAGCUCAUUCAGCAGAUGCGCCAGUGGGCAUCGGCAACAGGCCGAGCCGUCAUUAGACCAGUCUUGAUUGUGUCUUACGAGACAUUACGACUAUAUGUUGGAGAGCUCAGCAAUACUCCAAUCGGUCUUAUGCUUUGCGACGAAGGCCACCGGCUGAAGAACGGCGAAUCACAGACCUUUGAGGCGCUGAACAGUCUCAAUGUCAAGAAGCGAGUCAUCUUGUCUGGUACACCAAUUCAGAAUGACCUAUCAGAAUACUUUGCUCUGCUUAAUUUUGCCAACCCUGGCUACUUAGGCACACGACAAGACUUUCGGAAGCAGUAUGAAAUACCCAUUUUGCGCGGUCGUGAUGCCGCAGCCUCGGAUGCAGACCUGGCAAAGGGUAACGAACGUCUGAGCGAGCUGCUCACCAAAGUCAACAAGUUCAUCAUUCGCCGCACAAACGAUAUCCUAUCCAAGUACCUGCCCGUCAAGUACGAACAUGUCGUCUUCUGCAAUCUCGCCCCCUUCCAGCUGGACCUUUACAACUACUUCAUCAAGUCUCCCGAGAUCCAAAGUCUGCUGCGGGGCAAAGGCAGUCAACCGCUAAAGGCCAUUGGAAUGCUGAAGAAGCUCUGCAACCACCCAGAUCUACUCAAUCUUCCGGACGACCUACCAGGGUGCGAAAGUCACUUUCCAGACGACUAUGUGCCGAAGGACGCAAGAGGACGCGACCGCGAUGUCAAGCCUUGGUAUAGUGGCAAAAUGCAAGUCCUAGAUCGCAUGCUUGCACGCAUUCGACAUGACACGAAUGACAAGAUUGUGCUCAUCUCCAAUUACACGCAGACUCUUGAUAUUUUUGAGAAGCUUUGCCGCAACCGAUCUUACGGCUGUCUUCGCCUCGAUGGCACGAUGAACGUCAACAAGCGCCAAAAGCUCGUCGACAAGUUCAACGACCCAGAAGGACCGGAAUUCGUGUUCUUGCUCUCAUCGAAAGCAGGUGGCUGCGGUCUCAAUCUUAUCGGUGCCAAUCGCCUUGUCCUUUUCGAUCCUGACUGGAACCCUGCAGCUGACCAGCAAGCACUGGCUCGUGUCUGGCGUGAUGGACAAAAGAAAGACUGCUUCGUCUACCGCUUCAUAGCCACCGGCACGAUCGAGGAGAAGAUCUUCCAGCGGCAAUCGCACAAGCAGUCGCUAUCUUCGUGCGUCGUAGACAGUGCAGAGGAUGUCGAACGCCACUUCUCGCUGGACAGUCUUCGGGAGCUAUUCCAGUAUCGACCGGGUACUACGAGCGAUACGCACGACACCUUCAAGUGCAAGCGGUGCAAGGAAGGUAGGCAAGUGCUCAAAGCACCGGCUAUGUUGUAUGGCGAUACGAGCACGUGGAAUCAUUUCAUCAAUGAAGGUGAAAGUGGCGCGAUGGGCCGAAUUCAGGACUUGCUCUUGCGGCAGGAGGUGUCCGAGAAGGAUGUCAGUGCCGUGUUCCAGUAUAUCAGCCAUUGA